AUGAGCGCCAAGCUCUAUUCGAGGCCCGGUGUUUUCGCGUGGAGCCCACGGGGCAACGAUUCCAAGGUGGGAUUUCAAUAAUUAUUGUAUUUUUUUUUUUCCUUAAUCACUCUUUUUACUUUUAAAGGAUCACGAGUAGGACUUUGAAAAGAUCUCAGCCCAAAAAGCUAACGUUAUUCAGUUUUUUUGAGGCUCUUAUCCGAUUUUUCUCAAUAUUUUUCAAUUGGAAUUACAAAGAAAAAUGCAUUUUAGUGUUUUAAACGAUUUUUUGUACCUUGUAAAAACUUGGUUUUUUUAAAUAGAGUUUUUUUGGCCUAAUCGCCUUCAAAACACCCCGAAAAUUUCGUUUCUACUUGAUUAAAAAAAUUUUUUUUUCUAGGUAUUCCCUCGCUUUCUUCAGAUUUUUUUACUCAGUAUUUUGCAGAUUUUGACUAGAUUCAUAAGCUCAGAAGUUAUUUUUAAUUCAUUUAUUUGUAAAAAAAAAUCUUCCAAUGGUAUAGAAAAUGUUUUUCCCAGAUUUUUGAACCUUUUUUGAGCUUCACAUAGAGCUUUUUCAGUUCAUCCUCUUGAAUUUAUGAAUUCAGGGCCUGAUCGUUGCCGACUUUGCACAGUACUUUGACGCGAACGCCGGAAAUGUACAGCCAAAGAUCGAAUUUCUGUCCUCUUCGGAUCUUUUCGGCAAAGUCGAGCUCAGUCCGACCGCUUCGGUGAACACCAACUACAGGUAGGAUGUUUUGGAAGUUUUAUUGAUGUUAUUUGAAAAAAAAAAAUCUGUUUUUGCGUUUAGGCAGAGUUGGACAGUAAAGAAAAAUAAGAGAGAUCUUUUAGACCCUGAAAGACCCAAAAAAAGACCUCAAAAAAAUUAAAAAAACUAUUUUUGUAUGGGAAAGGUCAAAGAGAAUGUGUUGAAAAAGGUUAUGAAAGGUAAAAAAAUGAAUCAGAAAAAAAUUUUUUUAAAAAGACUUUUUUUCAAACUUUUUGAGGUUUUUCCCAGACUUCUCCUUGUUUCUUUUCAACUAUAAAGUAUUUUUUUAAAGAUUUUCUAUGCGUUUAAUUUUUUUAUUUUUUUCAUUUCUUAUAAAUGCGGUGAAAAAGUAUCGAAAAACGGUUUUUCCCUUUUCGAGAAAAUUAUUUAAUGAAAAAAAGAUCUUUCUACACGUUUUAGGUAUACUAAAAAAACUACGUAACUUCCUUUUUUUUUGAAGUUAGGUUAUUUUUUGAAAAGGUUUCGCUUUUUGAAAUUUGAGGAAAAAGAUGGUUUUCGUAAAAAUAUUUGUUGGAGUUGUUUCUAUUUUUUUCGGAGUUGUUUCUUUUGGAGUUGUGCCGUGUUUUAGAAAAGUAUAUAUUUGAAAAAAAACAUUUUUCAUUAUUUUCCAUGUUCGAUUUGAAGGUUCAACGAGCUCUGCUGGGCAAAUUCUGGCGGCGACCAACAUCUAGGCGGAAUUGUAGCCGGUGGAACUGAAGACGGAACCGUCGUCUUUUUCGAUGCUUUCGCUUUGAUCAACGGUUUGUUUGAAGGAAAAUUUAGAAACAAUAUUCUGAGCUGUUGUAAGUGUGUUAAGAAAAAAAGAAAAAUCUCAUUCUUCAAAAACGUAAAUUGGAACAAUCUUUCUAUGCAAAAGAAUUUAUUAAUGAAAAUUUUUAUGGGCUUUUCUAGGUUUUUUCAGCUCGUUUCAAUACACUUGUGUUUUUGCCCCCUGUCUAUACUAUUUAUUGAUUUUUUUCUCGAGAAAUUGGUUAAAGAGAAAUUCAAAAAGUUUGCUAAUUUUUUUAGUUUUUUUGAUAUGAAGUUUUGUAUAAAUGCAGCGAAUUUCGAAUACAUCGGAACAAUUUAACAGGAGAAAAAAGUUUUUUUUGAUUUUAAGAUUUUUUUCUGUGCUUUUGAUCGGAAGAUAAAGUUUAUGUUUUUUCAAAAAAAAUUCAGAACUUGAGGAUUUUUCAGGUGCACUAUUUCAGAUCAAAUCUUUCACAUCAGAACAAUACAUCAUUUUCAACAAUUUUUAUACAGUUCUGAUCAAUUUUUCUUUUUCCAGAAUCGAAAUUGGAAAUAAUUUCGGCAAGACGAGAUCACCACGGCCACGUUUUGAGUGUCGAUUCGUCGGCUGAUGGAAGGUUGAAAAUCACUAUUUUUUUGAAAAAAAGCAGGGAAGAAACAGGAUUUUUUUGACUGCUAGAAAGUUGAGAAUGGUUCUCAAAAUUUAUUACAGAAAAAAAUACUGAAAGGAAUGAAAAAAAUGGUCAAAUAUCCAAAUUUUUAAGAACUGGUUCAUUAAUUUAACAAUUUUCCUCAACUUUUUAAAAAUUAAAAAAAUUUAAAAAAAUAUUUGAAAUUUCAUUUCUAAUUUUUUUCGAUGUAGUGAUUCCUUAUAAGGAGUUAAUUUUAAGAGAAAAUUGAUUGUGAACGUUUAAAAAAACAAAUUAUUUUCCAAAAAGUUCCGUCGAGCUUUCGAUUUUUUUCUUUCUGUACGUUCUUAUGGAUUUUGGAAGAUUUUAUUUUUGAAAAAAAUAAUUUUUUUCGAUUCAUUCUCUGUGUUUUUUUGCAAUUUUUUUAGUGUUGUCGAUUUCUAAAAUUUCUUGUCGAACAGCAGAAAUUAUAAGUUUUCAUUUGAAGAUGGGUAACUAGCGGCGCCGGUUCCGGACAGCUCUUAUUAUGGGAUUUGGCGAAUUUGGCAUCUCCUUAUUCGCCAGGAGUUGCCAAUUUUCAGGAUCAAGUAAGACUGAAGAAAAAUAUUGACAGUUUAAGUUUGACAAUAGGUGAAAGUGAUCCGUUGGUGUGGAAAGGUUGACACGAUUUUCGCCUCGGCUUCGGCUCAUCGCGUCAGUGUUUGGGACAUCCGAAGACACGGGGCUCCGAUUCUGGAGUUUGCUGAGGUUAAUCGAUCGGUUUCAGGGAUUAGAGAGGUUCCAAAAAUUAAAAAAAGAAGUUAUAUUCGUGGAAAUUCCGAAGACAUUUCGCUCUUCUUUUAGAGUUUGCUGAAGUAACUUGACGAAGUUCAGGGAAAAAAACACGGAACUUUUUAAGAAAGGCCAAAGAUAACUAUGUCUUUGAAAAAUCCGGAGAUAUGAAACUCGGAUUUCGGAGUUUUCUGAGUAAAAUCGACCUGAUUUCGCAAAUUUUUGAACCGGUCAUAAGAGAAUCUAAAGAAAACUUUACAUUUCAAAUUCCGGAACCAAGAAGCUUCGAUUUUGAACCUUCUUGUAGAGGUAAAUCGAUCGGUUUCAGGGUUUAGAGUAGUUCAAAAAAAUAUUUUUUUUAAAUUUUCAUAUUUAGAAAUUCAGAAGACAUUUUGCUGAUGUAAAUUGACGAGGUAAGGGCGAAAAAUCCCGGAUUAAAAAAAUCAUGAAAUUCGAUGCUCGAAAAAAAGAGUUUAUUUUUUUUGAAAUUUUUUUCCUGACUCUCCAAAUUUUAGUUGUUUUUUUCAUUCUCGGACGGCUAUUUUGAAUUUCGUGGAAUCAGUUUAUUUUCUUCAAAAAAAUUUUCACGAUUUUGUGUCAUUUCGGAAAUGAUGUUAAAGCUGAAAAAAAUAAAAGAAAGAAAUAAAGCUGAAAAAAAUUAAUAGGCUAGAUGGCCAAUUCUAACAAGUCAAACCAAUAUUUCGACGAUUUCUUUUUCUUUUUCCAACUUUUCUUAUUUGAUAGAAUCCCGGAUGCGAUUGGGCGACGCUGAGUUGGAAUCCGAAAAAUGCGAACACUUUGUUGGUCGGAAGCCAGUCGCAGACGAAUCCCGUCAUUCAGCUCUGGGAUCUGCGAUACGCGACUGCGCCCCUCAACGAAUUCAGACUCCAUCAGCGAGGAGUCACUUCUAUCGAUUGGUUUGUCAGAUUUUUCAUUUUCGAAUGGGUAGAGCUGCCGACGAGGUGCCCCGGGGCGACCCGGAGUUGAAAAAUGAUUAAAAAAAAUAGAAAAACAGGAUCAAAAAAUUAAGGAAAAAAAUAACCUUUUCGAUACAGCGGCUCUGGUGAUGGGAAAAUUUUAAAUUUUUUUUUUCAAUUUUUUCAAACUCAGACGUUAUCUGGCCGUUGAGGAAGCGUACCAAAAUGGUUAAUUAAAGUUUGAAGUUUUGAAGGCUUAAAAAAGGGUAACUAUCUAAUAUAAUUUAUAAGAUUAGGGUUUAUCAUGAUGGUUUUUGAAAGUUUUUCAUCAUGAAUUUUUUCAAAAGGGUUUUUUUUUCUGCAUUUUCAUUUCUCUCUCUCUCUUUUUUAAAGGUAGAAUUUAAAUUUUUAGAAUUAGUCUGCUCAGAAAUUGAAGUCAUCGCUCAAACUCCGCCCCUUAUGCGUAGAUCAAAUCACAGAGAAUUUUUGGGGGCAGAGUUUGCUGUUUGAAAUGUAAAAAAAAGAAAAGACUAUCAAAGUUGUUCUGACCGUGAAAAAAAUAAAAAUUUUUUUGAAAAAUCAUUUCAAAAAAAGUCUUCGGGCACGAUCUUGUACUAGUUUGCUUUAAAACUAAAUUAGGGAGCGUUUCUAAACAUUUGAAGCUUGAAAGUCAUUUUCUUCAUUAAUUUUAUUUGUCAGGCACACGGCUGAUGAUCGCUUGGCCAUGUCCGCCGGCUUGGAUGGCCAGAUUCUGAUCUGGAAUCCGGAGAAUGGACAGGUGCUUCGAAUUGUUACCUUUUUUCUGAAUUUGUAUUGAUAUUGACUGUUGUCAUACAUGUAGCUGAUUCACGGCUAGCUUGGGACGCAAAGGGGCGUGGCCUGUCUGCGCUGCUUUUUUCGUGUCGGGACCUUUUUUUCGAUGCUUCAAGCCAGGGGUCAAAAACGUUUCCUAUUGAGCUUUAAAACCUUUUUUUGUCGUUAUUUUCGUCGAUUUCCGUAGGUCAAACCCUCCUUCUAGCCUAAUUUAGUCCCUACACUUGCCCAUGUAAGACUGUUGUAGAUCCACGGAGGCCUCGGAAGCCUGCAAGGCGAUUGGAUCAAGGCGGUCCGCUGGAGCCGAGCUCAGCCGGCUCAACUCGCCGUUCAGUAUUUCCGCCAUCCGACCCAGAUCUGCUCUCUGGAUUCGCUCGGGACCCCGCAACAGGGGGUCAGUGGAGAGUUCAGAAAAAACGAACAAAAAAGAAUUUUUAAAUUCCUUUGUGAAAGCUUCUUAUUAUAUUAUAAAAAACAAUUUUUUAAUCAUUUUUAAGAGUUUUUUUUUUUGAAUUUUUUCUAUAUUUGUUAGUUGAAGCUUUUUUUUUAUAAACUAAAAAAAUAAUAUGUAGAGUUUUUUUUUGAACCUUCUUUUUAAUUUUUGUACUGGGUUAGCUAAAAAAAUCAAAUUUUUUUCCGGAACAAGAUCUUUUUGAAAAAGCAUUUGAAAGCGGUAACCGAAGGCAGUUGCAUUUUUUUGAUUUUUUUACUGUAAAAAAAUUUUUCUCGCUAUUUUAAGAAGCCUAUCUGGAUACCUGAAAGCGCGCUUUGAACAAGACGCUAGAAAAAUGAUGGUAUUUAAAAAAUAAAAAUCGAAAAAAUGAAUCAUGAACUUUUUUUCGUUGUUCAUCUUACUGAAAUUUUGGUUCAGGCUUGGUAGUUUUUCGAAAAUGAACUAUUUUUCGAGGAAGCUUGUAGGAAAUGACACGCUUUUAACGUUCACGUUACAUUUUUUCGGCCAAGUUUAAUUUUCUUUGAGAUGCUAUUCUGAAAAACCGUUUCUGCGAUAUUUCAAGAACACCUACCUGUAUAAACCUGCAAUAAAAAAUUCGAAAAAUAAAAUCUGAGACUUUUUUUUGUUUUUCAUUUUUUUAAUGUAACUUUGAGUGAGUUUUACAAUUUUUUUUCAAGAUGGAAGUUCUUGCCCCGAAAUUGUCGGAAUCUCUGGUGCCUUCCUGGAUUUCGGCUCCCACCGUUGGAUCCUCCCUGGCUAUGGGAUGUCGUCAUGUCACCCAUUGGAGAUCUUUUGAUAUUCCUUCUCAGAAAUUUGUCUUCAAUGUAGAGGUCGAAACGGUGAGAGCAUUAUAACUUUCACUUUCCAAUAGUUUUUCGAAUUUUUUCCGAACUGUGGAACGCCAUAGUGUUCUCUAUAGGGUUUAGGGAGAAAAAAGCCUCUAUAGGAGUAAAUUUUAGGUGGUCCCUUUAGGGGUCUUUUGUAGAUUUGAAAAAAAAACUUGAUAAAUUGAUCCUAUUUUUUUUUGAUUUAAGUCAAGCUAUUUUAUCGAAUUUUUGCAAUGAAAUGCUAUUUCUCAUAGCAUGUCCACUAGAGGGGCCACUAACUGAAAUUCCUGUAGGGGCCACUCUUGUAAGUAUUUUAGCUUUCAGAAAAUAUAAAUUGGGCCCUAGAGGGACCACAAGUUCCCAAGUGAAUAUUGUUUUUUUCUCUAUUUUAAAAUUCCUUAAGAUGAUAUAUAAUUGAAGAAACAUUUUUUUUUUUGAGUUUUUAAAUUUUAUCUAGUGAGUUGGGAGUUUAUUUCAGAUAUUUUUUCUUUUGUUUAUCUAAUAAAAACCUGAGAAAGUUUUUUUAUACCUUUUUUUAGGCGUUCGUGGAUGAGGAACUGCUGUCCACCAUUGAAACUUUCCAAAGGGCGCACGAAAAUAAUGGAUUGGACGGCUUUUACGAAGACAUGUUUGAUAUUCUAUCGGUCACAUCACUUUUGAUGGUUUGAGGGCGAUGACCACGAAAGACGAGGUCGACCAGCUCUCCUGGCUGUUCCUUUCUCAAGUGAAAAAUCAAAGCCGGUCCGGGUUGCUCAAGUUGUUGGGAUUCGGUAAUCGUUUUUUGAAAGUGUUGAAUCUUUUUUUUCCGAUUAGCUAAAUCAAAAGUUGAUAGCAGCUUAUCUUUUCAUUCAAAGCGGAAAGUUGUUUUUGAAAAUUUCGUUACUACGAGGUAAAAAAAAAAUUUUAGCCAGGAAAAUUCCGAAAACUGAGCCUUUUAUCUGUAAUCUAUCUAACAGUAUUUCAUUAAAGUUUUUUUCCUUCCGGAAAUUUUUCAAUUUUACUUUUUUUUCUCAGGAAAAAAGAAAAAUUAUUUCAGUGUUUUCAUAAAAAAUCUUAGAUAAUUAAUUUUUUUAACUUGGAAUUUCUUUAAAUUGAAUUUGAUAUUGAUUCUAGGAUCAUACGAGGCCUUGAAAAAUACAGUUUUCCUGGUCACUGUUUCCCUUUUAUCAUGACUAGAAAAUGAGAACUAGAAAUUCCUUGAACAUAUAAUAAUAAUAGAAUUUCAAUUUUUUUGAUAAAUUUAGGUGAACCGGAUACAACGACCGAAAGUACCUCGGAUGCGACGACUUCUAGUACCGAGGUCGAUUUUCGACCCUCACAGAAAAUAAAAUUAAUUUUUCAGAGAAGCGAAGUUUCGCCAACUUGUUCUACGUAUUCGGAUGAAAGGAAUUCGCCCUCUCUGGCCCUUACAGUUAAUCGCGUCGAUUUUUCUACUCUUGGUUCGUUUUUGAAUAAUUUCUGUCGAUUUUCGCAGAAAUUAGAAGAGAAAUGUAUAAAGUACACGGUUUGAAAAAAACAAAAAAAUAGAAGACUUAUAGUAACGGUUUGGCAAGAAGAUAGAAAACCCAAAAACAGUGACAUUUUUUAUAAUGGGUAAAAUUUUUUUAGAUUCCAUUUUUUUCCAGCUUUUUAAUCUAUAAAAAAAUCAUUUUAGGGGGUUUAUUGAUUUUUUUGGAGGAUUAUAAAAUUUAUUUUAGACAGGGAAAAAUAUUUUUUUCAUUAUAUUUUCUUGCUUUUUUUUCGGAUAAGACUGCAUUUGAUUUUUUUAAAAAUUCAUGUUUUUUUUAAGAGAUGAUUUUUGGGUUUUUUUAAUGGUUUUUUUGUAUUGUUUCGAUUGUUAAAAAUGUAACUUUUAAGAGAAAAAAAUCUUUUUCUUUGAACAUUCAUCGAAGAAAUAUUUAGAAAAAAAUGCAUGGAAACUUGAUGAGAGCACGUAAAACUUGUCUUAUGAUUCUGAUUGAUAGAACGUUAAAUAACCACGAAUUUUUCAAUUAUUUUACAAAUAAAAUUCAUAGAAAUGUUAGAAAACUUGAUGAGUCAGAUAAUUUGUUUUUAAUAAUGCCAUUACUUUUAAAGGUUUUUUUUUCAUUAAAUUUGUGUUGGGAAAUCAUAAUUUUAUUGCUUUUUAAAUUUUAUCACCAGGAAUUAAUUUCUUAGACAACUUACCAUUUUUUUUAAAGAAAUUAUUAAGAAAAUUGAUAAAAUUACCUAAAAUCUGAUGAGUUUUUUUCUUCAGGAUUUUUUUGUGGAAAAAAAUCGAAAGUUUUUUUGCUGAAAAUUUUUUUGAUGUGAAUAUUUAAAAUAAGCCAAAGGACACUUUAUCAUUGUCUUUUUUUCUCAAGAAGACGACGGCUGGAAGUUGCUGGACUGUUCUGUGAACGGGGACCACAAGAAAGUGAUCGAGGAGCUCUGCCGUCGGGGAUGCUAUUUCGAAGCGGCGUAUUAUUCGAUGCGAUACAAUUUGCAGCAUCAAGUCUUGCAAACUUAUCUGGAAAGUGUGUAUUAUUUUAUACCAGAAAAAAAUAUUCAUGACGAAAAAUUCCAGAGAUGGGCGGAGGUCUGCGCUUUUUUUAACGCUUUUAACGGCAAAAAAAUAUUUUUUUCACGUUUCGCGUUUCAUUUCUUCUUAAAAAAAUUUUAUAUUGAUUUUUUAAUCUAUCAAAGUUCCAAUAACAUCUUUUUAACCGGGUGAUUUUUGAGAAAAAAUUGAGUUCUUGGUAGCAUUUUCAAAAUUCAGUUUUGCCUAUCUUUGGAAGAUAGAGCUGAUUCAAGAGCUAAAUGGAAAAUGAUUUCAAAGAAAUUAUGAAAAAGGCUAUUAGAAUAAAACCUGACGACGUUUUUUCCAUGAAAAAUCUUUAAAAAAAAAGAAAGCAUAGAAGUUAUCAGGAAAGUAGUGAUUAGUUCGACAAAAUGGUUUUUUUCUGAAAAUUGAGAAAAAAAGAUGUUCAGAAGAACAUUUUUUUGGAAAGUUGAAGUUUUUUAUGUUUCUGAAGAUCCAAAAAGGUAGUUUUUUUUUUCUGAAAUGUCUCUUUUUAGGAGCUCACCGGUUAAAUUUUAGAUUUUAAAAAGAAACGUGGUUUCUAAUUUGUCAGAAAAGGGGGAGCUCAAGUGGAGAGAUUCAAAAUACUUCUAUCUAAGUUCAUGAAUUUUUUUUAUUAGCUUAGAUCCAGAAUCUGCCGAAAAACUUUACUUGGUUUUCCCAAAGUCUGGUCAGAAAGUUGUAUAUUUUUCUCGAGAAAUUUUUCAUUGACCAAAACUUUUCGUAGGCUCUCAACUACUCAAAAUCAGACUUCUGUUCAAAAUGUCCGAUUUUUCCAGGCGAUACGCCUACGGAUCCCCUUGGACGUCUCGCUCUCUUCCUGGGAGUCAGUGAGAAAACCAAGCGAACCGAGGGAAUCAAGACGAGAGCCAUCCAAUCGUUCCCCUUGACGCAGUGGAAAAGACUUCUCGCCCUGGUCUUUGCCAUGGAAUAUUCCUCGUUUUCCGUUCAGAACACUAUGAAGAAGAUUGGCCUACACUGGUUGACCACCGAAAGUUAGUGGAGGAAAAAAAAAAAGGGAAAAAUUCGAAGGUUAUAAUAGUAAUUUCGAAUUGAUAGAAAAACUAACUUGGAAAUCGAAUAUAGUAGUAUUUUUUUGAACAAUUUGAACAAAAAAAGUUAUUUAGAAAAAUGAAGUUAAAUCGAAAAAUAAUUGGGCUUAUGGUAAGUAGUAGUACUUUUUGCUGUUGAAGAAACUUGAAAAAUUUUAAAAUUUUAAAAUAUAUAAUCAAAAUACAAGUCUUCUUUGGGAGAGAAGAUAACUCAGAAAAAUUAGAAAGUCGAAAAAUUAAUAAAUGAACGAAAAAUUGAAAUCAAAAAAAUACAUUUUUUCAUGGGGCAUGCUGGAAAAAGUCGGUAGUUUCGGCCGCUUUUUUUCUUGUUUCCUAACUUUUUAAUUUCACAAAUUUUUGAGAAUUUUUUUCCGGCUUUAUAAAUUUUAACGGUUUCAAAGUUUUAAUUCUUUAUUUUAUGACGAGUUUUGAAGUCAGUUUUUGAAAAACUUUGGUCAUUAGAUUCGAAAAAAAUUCCUUUUUCCGAAUUUUUUUCCAUUUUCACCAAAAAUAAAUAAACGCGGACAUUGGUAACGCGAAACGGACGUGGUCCGGACUUUUCUAGGCGAUUCUAGGGAUCACUUAAGAGUGCGGAGGCUUCUAAAGUGGUCACUAGAAUUGCACACGUCCGAUUAGCGUCCCUUUUCACGUUACCAAGGUCGGAGAAGUUCUCAAAUCUGGAGAAAAAAACCAUUUUGCACACAACAUAUUUUGAUUUCAGGUCCAGUUAAAAAAAGUUGACAUGAAAUUUAUUGAACAAAAAAAUACAAGAUUUACUUUUUUUGGAACCCAAUAUUUGGUUUCAAAAAAAUGGUAUUUUUAAAAAAAGCUACCGAACCGACCGACUUCUCCAGCAUGAAUUCACAUUGAGUUCUUGAAACAAAUUUUUUUGAAAAAAAAUAUUUUUAAAACUAUUAGGAAACAGGAAGAUCAUUGAAAAUUUAAAAAAAAAAGGACCGGGAUGUGAAAAAUGAGGCAUUUUCGGAAAUUUUUAAUGAAAUCGAGCAUAUUUUUCAAACUUAAGUGGUAUUAAUUUGGCAGAAAUUUUAGGAAAAUUUUUCGGGUUUUCGAAAAAAUUGAAGCAAUUUAUACUGUUGGGAUGAGUGCUCGUUGAUAAAAAAGAGAGAUAUUGUAGAUUUUUUUGAGAGAAAAAUUCAAAAAUUUUUUUCGGUUUUUUCAAAUGAAAAGAAUGGAAUAUUCAAAGUAUUGACUUAAAACAUUGAUUUUUCGAAACCUGGGAGAAGUUUUUUUUAUCAGCUUAAGGGUCUUUUUUCAGGAAAAGAACUGGCCAUGUUGCCUUUUAUAAUCGCUAGCGAUGAAGAAAAUCUACUGGACGCCAAUCAACAUCUCCCACUUGGUUACUUUUUUUCGUAUCGUUCUUGUAACUUCAAUGAUUAUUUUCAGAGUCUCGAGUAUUCCAAGCACUUGGCUUGAAACUUUCACGAGUUCCGACCGCUUAUAUUGGCCCGAAAUUGGCUGGGGUUUGGAAAAAAUCAUCAAAAAUCGAAAUUGUAAGAUUUUCCAGGUUCUCCGUGAAUAUGCGCUUGUGCUGGCCAACAAUGGAAUCGUCGAAAGUGCGUGGAAAUUGGUCGCCGACUUUGGUGAUUGCCAAGAACAGGUAGGGAGUCGGUGGAUUGCGCGAUUGAAAAAAGAAAAAUAAAAUUUUUCUGUUAUCAUGGAGGAAUUGUCGAUUUUUACAGUUUUUCGAAUGUUUCCAAUGCCAAAAUCUAGCCCAUUUUUGUUACUUAAAAAGAUCUGACCUGUCUACGUUCUCUUCACUCGCACCACCGGGGUCGUAGCGCGAAAACAGGAUAUCGUCGUAAGAAAAAAAAAAGAGGAGGCAGAUAUAUCAGAAUUCAUCGAGUUUCGACGUUUUUGUACUUUAAAAAUUUCUUUUCUCACUUUCAGUCCGUCAAAAUUUUGCUAUCACUCUCUUUUUAAGGCCUAACUUUUGAUGAUAAGACUCAGAGGGAGAACGGCAUGCCGCAUUUGAAAAAAGAAACGGCAGACCAGCAAAUUAGUCUGGUCUCUCCAAGUUUACCGCGCUCCCUAAGCUGAUGCAUGCGCGCUGGCAUGCCGUUUCCUCCCCACGCCUGUUUAAGACGGCCGGUCGGAUUACGGUAGUCAAGAUAAGUUUUUUCGGUUUCAAAAUGAAAGCGUAUGUACUUUUUGUGGCGUACCUUAUCUUGUAACCACAAGAAGUAAGUCCUUAACAAGUUGCGAAAAAGAUAAAACAUUAAAAAAUCUCCAUGGCGCAAUAUUGACCGGAGGCCGUAGCAUUGUCUUAAACACGCCUGUCCCUGAGCAAGGAAUUUUUUGGGUCCGCGAAUAUUCGUAAGAGUAAGUUGUGCAUACACCAAUCUUGGAACCGCUCCCGAAAAGCCAGCUUUACGGGUUUUGCAUAUUCAUUUUAAACUCAAAAUAGGUUAAUUUGGAAUUACUUACGGCAUAAUCUCCAUUUUUUUUUUUUUGAACAAUCAAUAAUUCAAUCAUUCAUUUUUCUUAAUAUAAACUUUUUUUUAGGAGUUCCUGGAAACGCGAUACGCUCUGUGGCACGCCGCUGGCGGAAGAGAAUGCACGGGAACUUACUUACCACCGAACCCGUGGCAGCCAAAAACGGCCAAUACCAACACAGAAGCCACCACCAACACUGCCUCAGCCACCAGCACCUCGGCUGUCAGCAGCGAGGUGAGUGGAAAAAAAAAGGGGGGGGGGGGAAGCUCACUGGAACGCGUAGAAAUUCAAAAAAGGGCUUUUUCGACUUUACUGGUCUUUCAAGAUCAGUUUGAAAAUUAUCUGAGAACAAAGAAAAACAACGGGUUAGGUCGAUAUUGUGUAAUGAAGAAAAUUCAAUAGAUUAAAUGAAUAAGCUUUUGACAACUUAUUUUUAAUAAAAAUAUCUUUUUGAAGAGUUUCAUUUGUUGUGAGCGAGCAAGUCAAGAAAAAUGGCGCAUUUUUGAUUUUUCCCCCUGUUAAGAAAAGUUUUGAAAGCGCCUCGAUGAGCGAAUAAUUUUCCCUGGUGAGACUAUCCCCGGCGUUUUUGUUACUGGAAGAAAAUGCGAAACCAAAAACACGGUGGGCGGAUCCAAAAUAUCCGCCGUUCUCAGGUGAAUUCAUCAGAAAGGCAGAGAUUUCGGCUUUAAGGGCGUAAAUAACAGGGCAUAUUAAAGGCGCAGGCCGCCGUAUUGCCAGAGGUCUUUACGACGAAUCGAAAUUUUUCUACAUAAACGCGAUUUUCUGCGCGAAAGCGGUGCAGUGCAUGCACACGACACACGACAUUUUACGGAGAAAAAGGGGGCGUGGCGUCGUCGGAAAAACGCCGUGUAUGAUAAUUAUGGUUUCUUUGAAAGAUAGGUAGUUGGAAAAAAUACGGGAAAGUAAUUCAGUAGCCCACUUUGAAAAGUGGAACCUGAUCCGAAGUUAUAAAAGUAUAAGAGCAAUCUGAAAGGAGUUGAUUUGUAAAAAGCAGUACUUGAGAGAUUUCUUUAAGUUUGACCCGUAGAGAGUCGGUGGAGACGGUAAAAUCUAUGACAAGGAACUGUACAAACUAAAAAUCUGAUUCAGAGAGUCUCCCAAAGAACAGCCCCGGUCUACAGUCCUACCACGUCGAUCCCUCCGCCCCCACCUGGACCACGACAUUCUCUGACGUCACUCCCGACCCCGUCCAACCCUGGAUUAGUACCCAUGCCACCGUCGUCAAUGUUCUACCAGACUCCGUCUUGGGACCAUAAACCGGUAUAGUCUGUGUGCCACGACUUGAAAUUUCACGGAAAUUUCACUGCGCGCCUUUGCGAACCCUGGUCGCGCUUUUAAUUUUUUUUUUCAUUCAUUAAGGUACUCUGCUUUCAUGUGCUACCACAUCAAUAACAAUCAAUUAAAAGCGUGACCUAGAUUCCAGAGACGCUUCGCGAACGCACGCAGCGGAACAUCGGAAUGUCGUUCCGUGAAAUUUCAAGUCGUGGCAGACAGAAUAUAGUGAAGAAGAAAAAAUAACCAAAAAAAAAUGAAUGUUUAGCCUCCUCCCUCGCCGAGGAUGCCACCCCAAGCGCCGAUCGGACCAGUUACACCUGGAUGGAACGAUCCGCCGCCCAUGAUGGCGAAGAAAGUCGCUCCGCCGCCGGCUCCGGUCAUGCAGGUGCCUGGCAGGAAAAUGAUAAUAUUUUUUUCAACGAAAUUUAGUUGUAAGAGAAAAAAGCCUGGAAUAAGGAUAACUUCUUCUCAUUUUUUUUGGUUCUAUCCUGAUAUCAGGGAACUGUUUCCAAUGGCCUAUCCGUCCUAGAGCGUGACGGAUGUGGAUUUCCUUUUCCACUACCAACAUUUCUUAAACCCCUUGGUCGCAUCGGGGAUCGAACUUGUGAUCCUGUAAACCGAAAACUGGCACUUAACCUGUUGAGCUACGGCGCGCCGAAAUAAGGAUAGCGAUCUGCAUGUAUCUCCUUUUAAAGUCCACUUUUGAACGACCUCCCCCCUUUUUUGCUCUUUUUCGAUAAACUACAACGAAUGGAUGUACCCAUGAGAGAGUUCAUUCCAGAGAGAUACUCAGAAAGCGGAAGAGGGAGAGCCGCCAGAGAAAAAUAUUACCCUCGUUUCUCUGGCUUCUCUUCAGUCCGCCACUGUCUCUCGCUUCUCUUCUCUAGUAAAAUCUGAACGCAGAAACUUUGAACGUAAAAGUUAGAGCUUUUUUUCUUUUUUGAAGAUUCGUCUGCCAUAUAGAAGCUAGAAGAGUAUUUUGCCGCCUUCAGAAUGAAAAUCUAGACCUAAGUGAUUGGGAAAUUCUCAAAAAUCACUUAUAAAGUCUUUACAAGAAAGGGCUUUCGAAAUCCCAGGCAUGUCUAUUUUUCUAGUUUUUUUUAAAUUUCUCUUUCUCUUUUUUUUUAUCGGCAGGUUAGAGCUAGAUCAUCCAUAAUUUCUCGCUAAUUUAUCAAUUAUUGCUUUGGUCACUUUUUUUAGGAGAAAUUGAAGCGGAUUUACCGCCUUCAUGUGCGAAAAAAAUGGAACUUUUUCAUUCCACCUAAAAAUCCCAGAUCAACUUUAAUGAUUCAUUGAAGAUUUAUGAUAAUAUGGGCAUAAAUGAGAUUUUUUUUAUGAGGAAUGCCUAUAUAUUCAUUUUCUCUUUCCCUAACGAAAUAAAAAAAUCACCAAUUUAAGAAAAACAACUUUUCAGAUGCACUGGACGCCGCUGGAACCCUCGGCGACUGGAGCCUUCUCUCCAGUUAUGAACAACCGAGGGCCGCCUUCCCUGCAAGUCCCAUCCGUUUAUAACAGUCCCUCCACCGGACCUCCUUCCAACAAUACCAUAACCACGAGCUCUCCUUCGCCCGCCCAAAAAGCGCCUCUCGCCCCUCUUUCUCCCGAGGAUCAGUUAACGAUGGACCAGUUCUACCAACUCACGUCGGCUCUCUUGGCUGCCAGUCGUGCGCCGGUAAUAAAAGUGCUCAAAAGAGAUUUAUUUGUAUGAAAAAUUCAAGGCGACGGUCAACAAGGCGCAGGAGAUCCAGAAACGACUCCACGAAGAGCUGCAUCGGCGAUUUUCGGAGCAGAGGGUGAGGGGAAAAAAAAAGUUACUCAUGACAUCUCCAGAAGUUCAACAGUAAUUACAGGGGAAUACGGUUCUUUUAAAGAUAUAAUAUCGUUCAUAAAACGAAAAUUUUCAAAUUAGUAGAAACUCUUUUGAAAUAGUUUCUUAGCAUUUUCAAACAUCCAGCUCAAUUUUAAAGAUUUUCACAAGAGUUUACGUCAGUUUAAAGUGUUUGGGAGCUUCUAGGCUGAUUUUUAGGCUACAGCUCAAAUUGCGAAAAGUUUUGAAUUUAUUUAAUCGGUUUUGUAGAUUUUUACAACUUUUGUAACUUGCUUUUGGAAAUUUGGAGGACGUGUGCGUGUAUUCAGAAAGGAUUUUUUUCUUUUAUGUUUGAAGAAGUUUGGAAAACUUCGAAUUUUUCCAGCUUUCUCUGCCCACACGUUCGGCCUUGUAUUAUAUUGCCGACCACACAUCGAAAAAAACAAUUUCCAAGCUGCGCAGGCGGAUUUGGCAAAGUUGGCUCGAAGUGGUGGAGAUUUCGCUGAGGUUCGUACAUUCUCAAAAAAAAAGUUCCAGAAAAAAGUUUAGGAUAAAAGUUUUCAACCUGAAAUAAAAUCUUAUACUCUGGGUAAUAGUUAAAAAAUUUUGUAAAGCAAAAAUAAGACUAUAUUUUUUCAUCAAAAAUAUAUAGAAAAGUCGGUGGAAGUACUCCAAAACGUGGAAAAAAUGCUUUGAGAAUAAUUUCUUACUUAAAAAAAGUUUUAAAAGUGAGAAAAACGUCAAGAUAAAUGCUUUCGAAAUCGCUAAAAUUCUUCGACUUUUUUUGGAAAUUUUUUUAUAUUAAGACAUUUCAGUACAUAAAAAGCGCCACGGAAUCACAUUUUUUAAAUCAUAAUUUCCAUCAAAAAAAAAAAGCUAAACUUGGAAAACGAGAAGAAAUUUUUCAAGGCUGAUCGAUUCAAAAAUUUUUUUAUAUUUUGAGCUUAUUUUUUUCUUUUUUUCACUUUGUUGUUUUCUCCUCCGAUAAUUGUGUUCGUACACCAACUCUUCCACUUUUUGUAACAAUAAAACUCAUUUCUUAUUUUUUUGUUUUUUUCAGAUCUCCUCGUUUCUGCCGGCGCUCAAAUCGCUGUUUUUCACUUUAUUCGGCAAAUUUCCCAUCGUAA